UGUGCGACUGAGAUGGAGGCAGUCAGGGGAGUUUCCCUGCAGACAGGCUAUCUGACACCAACUUUAGCCUGACAGCUAGCAGCACAGUGGCAACGUCCGGACCAAGCUAGCUGUCCGUGUUCCACACGGUCUCUCCAUCAUGGAUCUGAACGGCCUCCUGUCCCAGCUUGAAAGUGCGAACGAAGAGGACGCAGAGAAGCUUUUACGUCGGUACAGUCAAGAGAACACUCAGACCUUCAAGUUUGACCAGAAAGAAGAAGCCCUGAGGAGCAAACUCUGUCAGAGCGUGCUGGCGCUCCUGGGGAGACAGGUGCGGCCCGGCUGUCAGCAGGCGUGUCUGGAAACCCUUCGCAUCCUUUCCAGGGACAAGCGCGUCCUGGGACCGGUGGCCACCAUGGACGGCAUGCUGGUUCUGACCAGGAUGGCGAUGCUGCGCGCCGGGCAGGAGGACGGGGACGGACAGGAGACCGCUCAGGACGGCGCGCGGUCCGAGGAGGAGAAGAGGGUGGCGGUGGAGGCCCUGAAGUGCCUGUGCAACGUCGUGUACAACAGCGCGGCGGCUCAGCAGGUGUGCGUGGAUAUGCAGCUGGCGCGCGGCCUCUGCGGCAGCCUGCGCUCCGCCCGCACGUGGCAGCACGAGGUGGGCCUGUUCAUCCUGCGCCUCUUCUUCCUGCUGUCCGCCCUGCGACCCGACGUGCGGGGGGUCCUGAGGAAAGACUGCCACGCCGUGAGGCUGCUGACCGAGGUGCUGGAGCACACCCUGGACGUGCGCUGGGUCGGCACCUACGAAGCCGCCCAGCCGGAACCGCAGGCUCUGCCGCUGCGCGCAGAGAACAACGAGCGGGCGAUGGAGGCGCUCAAGGCCUUGUUCAACCUCACCCUGUCGGAAAGUCGGAACGAGGAGGACGACCACCAGUUCCGACUCUUGGCUGCUAUCCUGCGUCACCUGUUGAUGCUGAAAACUGAGACGGAGGAGAAAACAGAAGAAGCACACAGCCACGCUGUCAACCUGCUUAAUAACCUGCCCGUCUCCUGCCUGGAUGUGUUGAUCGACAUGCCCGUCCUGGGCGGCGUGGAGGAGUACGGCGGCAAAAACAUGGAAGCAGUUCAGGUGUUACUGGACUUUAUGGAGAGGAGAAUCGACAAGGGCUCCAACUACAAAGAGGGUCUGACUCCGGUGCUCAGCCUGUUGACUGAAGGGUCCAGGUGCCACAGAGAGAUCCGCAGAUACAUCAAAACUCAGGUACUGCCUCCACUGAAGGACGUGAAGAACCGGCCCGAGGUGGGCACCACCGUCAGAAACAAGCUGGUUCGCCUCAUGACGCACGUGGACAUGGGCGUGAAGCAGACGGCCGCCGAGUUCCUGUUUGUCCUCUGCAAGGAGAGCGUGGACAAUCUUUUGAAGUACACGGGAUAUGGGAACGCCGCCGGACUCCUGGUGGCCCGGGGGCUUCUGGCAGGAGGCAGAGGAGAGACGCAGUACUCCGAAGACGAAGACUCAGACACAGACGAGUAUAAGUCUGCCAAACCGUUCAUCAACCCCAUUACGGGUCAUGUGGAGGAGCCGAUGCCAAACCCCAUCGAAGAGAUGACGGAGGAGCAGAAGGAGUACGAAGCGGAGAAGUUGGCCAAUAUGUUUGACAAGCUGUCAAGGCAGAACGUGAUCCGGCCGAUGGGCGUCAGGCCAGACGGGACGUUGGCGCCUCUCGAGGAGACUCUCGUUUGUCGACCCGAAGAAAACUCUGAUACAGACUCUGACUAGUGCCCUUAAUGUCUAGGCCCCGGGUUUCCGGGUCCGUGUCCGGGUCCGCUGUAAGAUUAUCAGCCAAACUGUGACACUCACACGUUUUUCCUUACACCUACCCGACUGUCGGAUAUUUAAAACCACCCUGGGCUGCAGAGAUACUUUUUAUCCGUAAAGUCCACUUAGUGUGAUAAAAGAGAAGAAGUACUUUAUUGUAGAAUAACCCGGGACGCCCAUAUUACUGUGAUGAGUUUAACUGGAAGAUACUGAACCACUGGCAAAUCAUUCGGCACGGUCACGAUGGAAAACAACGAAUAUAACUUUAAAUCCGUCAAGCAUCGUUUUUCCUGCUUCUUGCAGGGUUAUAAGCACAAACUUUAAACAAAAAUUAUUUUAUGAGCCAGACCAGCAGAAAGUAGUGCAUAAUAGAAAAGUUGGAGCAAAGAAACACUUUGGGUUGGGAAAAUUAUCUGAGCAUUUAAAAUCUUAAAAGUGCGUUGUGCAUUUGUGUUCAGUCCCCAUGAGCCGGCGCAGUCCAGAACCUGCAGUUACAUCUAAAGAGUCUAUUUCUUCAUAAAAUAGCUCAAGCUAAAACAGAUUGGACAGACGGCAUUAAUGAACAUUUAUUAUUUAGUGUUGCUGCAGAUUCUCAUUUGGGUUUAGGUUAGGGUUAAAGUGUGGCUUUGUCUCGUGAGUUUUCCCAUCAACUCUGACCAGCUUCCUUGUCCCUCCUAAAGAAAAGCAACCAUACAAAAUGAUACCGCCACCACUUUAGGGAUGGGGGAGCAUGUGCAAAUUAUUUUUCCACUGAUUUUUCAACCUUCCCCAGGUAUCAGGAGUUAAACUUCAGUUUAAAAUAUACACAGCUGGGCUCUGCUUAAUAGUUUUGAGACUUCUGCAGGCACUUAACUUUAUUUGCUGGUGUCCUUUUCAUUCAGCCGUGCACUACUUUGUGUUGGUCUAUUAAAUUAAAUACACUGAGGUAUGUGGUUAUAGUGUAACGGAAAAACACUGCGACGUUCAAAGGGUGUGAAUACUUUUUGUGAGGCACAGUUUGGGUGCCUACUUUGAUGCAAAUACAAAACCAAUGACAUACGACUAAGAUUAUAUUUAUUUUUAACGAAUGGCUUAACGAGGGCUGAAGUUUGGUAUGUAGAGAGGAUGUGAACAGGGAAAAUCUGAGUUUUUCCUGUUUGAAACAGUGAGACCUCCGAUGGUCCGGUCCUGAAGAGGGACACAGCUGAACAUUUAACAGGAACCCCCUAAAGGCGGGUGCUGUUAAUUCCCCCCCCCCCCCAUUUCAUAGCUUUGCUGUUUUGGUCGAUCGUGUGUGAAGCCGUGAAAGACGACGUCAACACAUUUUUUCCUCAUGACGUCUGCGAGGAAAGUUGGUCAGAGCUCAUAAUCUCUCAUGUCACCUUGCUGGGAAUUAUUAUAUAAUUAUUUCAGGAAAUAAUAUACAAUUAAUCCUGAAAUUGGAGCAUUUUUAGGGUUUUUCUAAAUUAAAAAAGUGAAAUGAACUAGGACUGCACGGCGGGGGCAGCUGUUUGCACGGUUACCUGCACCCUAAGCAGAUAUAGGGAUGGGUGGAAACGCAGCGUUUCUGGACACAAGGAGGCUCGCCAUUAAGCAGGUACAGGCCGUUAUCCCCAAAUUCAUUUGAGGCCUUCACGGUGAGCCGUUUCUACGCUUAAUUUAUAAAAAAAUAAUACAUCUUUAUUGCUGGAUCUUUACUUCUCCUUUUGUGAACACGGAUGCCAAGGUUUUUAUGUCUUUAAAGUCAUUCCUCUUGUCGAUGCUUGCUUGGUUCCUCGCAUUUGUUUUAUGUUCUGGCGGGUUACUGCUCGGUCGGGUAGAGCCACGUUUAAAAACACUGGACGACCGUUCUUCAGUCACCCUACCAUCACCAAUGUUGCACACCAGUUUAUCACUGAGGAAAUUUGAAUUCAGAGCUCGUUCGCUAACAGACAUUCACUUUUUUGGCCGUUUAGAGAAGAAAAUGUAACUUGAUAUGUAGCUGGUAAAUUUUGGGGGGGAAAUGCACCCCUGACGAUGAAUUGUGAAAACUGCAAUGAUUGUUUUUAAUCUAAUUGCUUUUGCCAAAUCUGCACGAUGAUAAAUCAACUUAUUUUUGCCCCUGAUAGAACAAUGUUACAUUUUCUAUAAGUGUACAUGUUUUUUUUUUGUCUAAGUGGAAGCCUGAAUACUCUUAUGAAUUUAUAGUGAAAGCUGUCGGUACAGUAAGAAGUCCAGUUCCUCCCAGUUUUACUGUAACUGAAAUGCUUUUAAAGCCUGGUCGGAUUUGUUAUAUUUUCUUACCGUUACGUUUUUGUAUGUUUUGUAAUGAAACUGUUUAGACUUUUCUUUAUGCUCUGCUUUAAGUUAUGCUGUUAUUUUCCAACACAUUCAUACAGGGAUAGUUUUAAAAAUUGCAUGAACAUGUGGGGGGGGGGGGGGGAAGAGUAUCUAGGUUGUUCUUUUUGCACUUUUUUUGUGUACCAUAAGCAGCACUACUUACUUUAUUUUGAGGCUUUUCCACUGAAGAGUUAAUAAAGUGAAGAACAAGA